UAGGCAUGACCACAGAGUCUGACUCUCCAGUAGAGUGAGUGUGAAUGGAGUGACACGAGUGGACGAGUCAUGGACAGCCAAUGCAGCAGCAGUGUGGGUUCACGGGCCACUAUAGGGGGUGUGGGCAACAUUAACUCAACACCCAUUUCUGCCCGUAUCGAGUCCUAUGAAGGAGGAGAGAAGAAGUGCAUCUCUGAUGUCCGAAGAACCUUUUGCUUGUUUGUGACCUUUGACCUUUUGUUUGUCACCUUGCUGUGGAUCAUUGAGCUCAAUGUCAAUGGAGGUAUACAAGAGCAGCUGAAAAAAGAGGUGUUGGAGUAUGAUUACCGCCAAUCUUUUUUUGACAUAUUUGUAAGUACUAGCAUAUACAAUACCCUCUAUUUCUGAAAUGCUAGUUUAUUAUUUGAGAAGUGUUUUAAAGUAAAUAUUUUAGGUCAGUUGGGUUUAGCUGACAAACAAGUUUGGGAACCCCUAACUUAUUGCAAUGCAAAUACAUGUGUGCACAAGUAAACAGGACCUGCUCUUUAAGAUGCAUUACAUUUGGAUGCUUUAGCAGGGAAAUCACCAGCAUUUAAAGGUGUGAAUUCUGAUGAAACUGGUUGUGGUAAAAUUUUAGGGCCAGUCCAUCCCACAGUUCCUUUUUCAAAGAUGACUCUUCU